CCUUUGUUGCAUCAACCAAUCAGGAGCAGGCAUAACGUCAUUGCGUAGAGAUUACGUCUUAUUCUCGCGCCGGAAGUGUGAUGUGGCGUUGACUUCCACCAAAAUGUCAGCCAUCUUCAACUUCCAGUCACUGCUAACAGUGAUUCUCCUCCUGAUCUGUACCUGUGCCUACGUCAGAGCGCUGGCUCCCAGCCUGCUGGACAAGAACAAGACCGGGCUACUAGGAAUUUUCUGGAAAUGUGCCAGAAUAGGUGAGCGCAAGAGUCCAUGGGUGGCCUGCUGCUGCAUCGUCAUGGCGUUCAGUAUACUGUUCCUUCAGUAGCCCUUCCAAUGACAAAAACCACACAUGGAAACAAGAGCAACGUCAACAUGGACAGUACUAUGGUAGAAGUAUAACAUGAACUGUGGCUGUGGGGUAAUGUCAAAACAGGGACUCGCUUCCACUCUCGGUAGCCAUGCAGCAGAUAGUCCUGGAGUGUGUCCAUUCCUCUGUGGGUCCUUGUGGAUCCAUGUGGGCAGGGCACCAAUGGAAAGGAUUGUUAAAUAACGUCUGGGAUCAAAUGAUGCUUGUCCAAACAUCUCAAACAGUUGCCUAGAAAAGCUGAAUCUGCGUUUCUAACUUGACAUUUUUAAUUCUUAGGCAACAUUUGUAGAUGUGAUGGGCCUGAAGACAUCUUUUCCAUUAAUUUUGUACACCUUUUGUUGCUUUAAGAAAUCAUCAUUACUUAUUAUCCCCCCCUCCCCCCAUGUAUAUUUUAGUCGAUUUGCCAUAUUUAUAUGUAAAAAAAAAAGUUUUUGAAAACCUGUAAGACACAUUAAUUUUCAUUUUUGCGUUUGACACACUGCUGUGUGUCCAAAUACUAGAUUAAGUGAAAUGAAUGGCUUUAAACAUACAACAUGUAAAAAUCCUGCCUUAAAAAUGCAUCACUGUUUAUGAGGUAAAGUGCAUAAAUCAAAACUUAUGAAGUGUUAUUCGGUUGAGAGCAAAACCAUCAAAACUGUAUCCGGCCUGCUUGUUGGAGUGUGACAGUGGUUUCGUGAUAACCUCCUGAGCGACCUUACUGUCAACACUCAUGUAUACAGGAGACGGUCAGCUGACUGCAGCACACAAUAGAAAGUGAACACAAAUGUUGUAUUGUACACCUUACCUAUUAAAAUCCAAUACAAAAGAAAACCAAACCUCGCUACCUUUUUGUAGUUAUAUAUUGUUGUUUGCUGUUAAAUCCCAAAUGUUUUAUCUUUCAAUGUAAACGUGGUAAACGGCAAUGUCCACAUUUAAUAAAAACAGCAUUAACACCUGAA